AUGCCGUCUCUAUAUCAAGAACACCAUUUAAAUACCUCAGCCAGCAGCUCUUCAAAUACAACUACAGAAUCUCAGAAGUAUCUACGGUAUUUCGAAUCUUCAGCUGGAAGUUUGGUCGAAAACGAAUUCAACAAGAAUCCCAGAAAGACUUCGGAUAUGGGCAGUCUUGCCAAAGUCGGAAUGGUAAGUUAGAUAUUUUACUUUUAUACGUUACAAAAUAUUUUUAAAUCUUGAUCUUAUGGUUUUACUGUAGCAUAGUGGGUCUAUUUCUAUAUGUAUCUUCUAUUUUCAGCGUUCACCAAUGAGCUACCUCAGGAUCCUGGAGCUUCAACGCCGCCAGAAUUCGAAUGCUUUGAAGGAAUAUGCUUGGCAAGGAGCAUAG